AUGGAAUCCAAGAACACUGCUUCAUUUGCCCUUCUUCUCUCACUUAACCUCCUCUUUGCAGUGGUCAGUGCCACUAGCCCUAUCCCUGAGAUUCCUGGCUCCGCAACUUCGACGUAUUAUUCUGGGGGUAAAUGUGAUCUAUUGAAGUUAGGAGUAUGUGCUAAUGUGCUUAACUUGGUUGAUGUUGUGGUGGGAUCACCUCCAACGCUGCCAUGCUGCAGUCUCAUCGAAGGCCUUGUCGAUCUCGAAGCUGCUCUUUGCUUGUGUACUGCCAUUAGAGCUAAUAUUUUGGGAAUCGACUUGAAUGUUCCUGUUGCACUCAGUUUGGUUCUUAACAAUUGCGGCAAGAAAGUCCCGUCUGGCUUUGAAUGUUACUAA